AUGGUUGAGUGGACUGACGCGGAGCGCAACAUCAUCCAAGGAAUCUUUGGCAGCCUGGACUAUGACGAUAUCGGCCCCAAGGCUUUGUUCAGGUAAACCCCUAUGAGUCUUUCAAAUUUGAAUGAAAUUGUAUAUAUGCCUAUGUAUUAACAAGGAGUUUGAUUUUCCUCCCCUACAGGUGCCUGAUCGUCUACCCAUGGACUCAGAGGUAUUUCGGCGGCUUCGGCAACCUUUACAAUGCUGAAGCUAUCCAGAAAAACGAGAGAAUCAGAGACCAUGGCAUCACGGUGCUGCACGGUCUGGACCGGGCUCUGAAGAACAUGGACAACAUCAAGGCCACCUAUGCGGAGCUGAGCGUGCUGCACUCCGAGAAGCUGCAUGUGGACCCCGACAACUUUAAAGUAAACUUUUCACUCUUCUUUCUCUCUAAAGUCAUCGCACUCACAAUUUAAUCAGUCACGUUGGCAACUUUCAGCGCCUCAGUGUUGUAAUUGUAUUUGGAAAUAAGCAAACUGAUAUGUUGGCUACCUGACCCAUCUUUUAUGCAAAUAAGUACAAAAGCUAUCUAAUGCCUUUUUCAUUUAAGAAAAAAAAAGACAUUUACAGUGUGCUUUCAUGUCAAAUUAAUCAAUGUUAACUUCGAUUCCUUUCUAGCUGCUGUCUGACUGCCUGAGCAUUGUCGUUGCUGCCAAAAUGGGAUCUGCCUUCACCCCUGAGGUUCAGGGAGCCUUCCAGAAGUUUCUGGCGGUUGUGGUGGCUGCCCUGGGAAAGCAGUACCACUAA